AUGGGAAACUGCUGCUCUUCUGAAGCAUCAGCUGUAUUAGCACGGCGGUCAGUUGCCGAUAAGGAAGAAGUGCGUACGGCGCCUUACAGCGCGCUCCCGUCGCCGCGCAAACACACAGACACCGAGGAUACUGAGCUUCACGUUAAAAUAGUGGAACCAGCGUUGUCUCCGUCACUGUCGUCGCCAUUAUCAGAAGGGCCUGAGGACGAAUUCUUACCGAUACAUGAACCAAGUUCUCAGCAUGUGGAGAAUACGCACCACAUCAAGAUUGGAGACUACCAUUUGCGCUACUCUUAUUACUCGAAGCGCGGCUAUUAUCCUGAAGCAAGGAAAAAGGCCAAUCAGGAUAGCUAUUACUGCGAAACGCAUUUUGCUGGAGAUAGCCAGAAAGCGUUUUUUGCAGUCUUUGACGGCCAUGGACAGUACGGUGAUAUUUGCUCCCAGUUUACAGCCGAGCAACUACCAAAAAACAUUAUUCAGAACUUGGAAGAGAACGUUGGCAUUUUACCAGCUCUUACACUCGCUCACGUGCAGACGAAUCGCGCUAUGCACGAGGCCAGCUUCGAUGAUUCAAUGAGUGGCACGACAUCCAUCUCCGUGCUUUUUGAUGGUAAUGAAAUUCAUGUCUCGAAUGUCGGAGAUUCUCGAGCUAUUAUUGCACAAGAAAACCUCAAGGCUUCAACACAGGAAGGCGAGGCGAAGCUUGUGGCUAAGCCACUGUCUAUAGAUCAGACGCCCUUCCGCAAGGACGAAAGAGUGCGUGUAAAGAAGUGUGGAGCCCGCAUUUUGACUGUUGAUCAAGUGGAAGGUCUAGAGCCGAUUCAUGAGAAUUGGGGCUUGUCUCUUGGAGAUGAGAUUGAUGAGAACGGAGACCCGCCUCGUAUCUGGCAUCCCUACGGUCAGUAUCCCGGUACUGCUUUUACGCGAAGUAUUGGAGACUUAGUGUCGGAAGAACUCGGUGUGACUGCUGAGCCUGAAAUUCUGUGCAAAUGCUUGAAUCCGCACGAUAAGUUUAUAAUUGUCGCAAGUGACGGCGUAUUUGAGUUUCUUACGAGUCAGAACGUCGUAGAUAUCGUGAUGCAGUAUCAAAAUCCUUCCGAGGCGUGUCAUGCUCUUGUUGAGGAAGCCUACAGCCGGUGGCUUCAAUUUGAAGUGCGUACUGAUGACAUUACGGCAAUUUGCAUUUAUCUGGAUGGCGUUACCCCAGCGAAGGAGCGCGAUGGUCCUCGAGGCAGUAUUUACGUCGGUGGAGAAGUGUUGGAUUUGCAGUCGAUGCAACGACCUGUACGUGGCAUUGCAAAGAACCAUGCCCGCAGAAACACGAUUGUCGGAACAGAUGCCAUUCGUUUAUCGCUUGCAGAAGCCUUUUCUGAUAAUAUUGACGAGUUUAAGCUCGAUGAUGGGAUCGAUAGGAAGGACAAGUCGGAGGAAGAAAAGGAAUGGAUCAAGAAGGCAGUGCAGGGCAAUUUUCUCUUCAAUCAUCUUAGUGAUCAAAAGAUUUGCGAGGUAAUGCAUGUGCUGAAGAAGCUUGAAUACAAUGAAGGUGAUAUUGUCAUGCGUCAAGGAGUACCUGGUGACACAUUUUAUUUGGUGGAGUCAGGUGAGUUUGAGGCUCGACACGUGUAUGGCAAGCCUUCAGCACCAGAAAUCGAUGCUUCGACACUCUUGUCGGAAAGCAAAACAAAUUAUGGUGAGGUGGUGCAAGUGUACAAGGGAACUAACGACUCUCAUCCGACCUUUGGUGAGUUGGCGCUAAUCUACCCGAAGCCUCGCUUAAACACCAUUGUUUCAAAAGAAAGCGGUACACUUUGGGCAUUGGACCGCAUUGCUUUCCGCUCUAUUCUGAUGCGUGGGCGACCGCUACGUGAUGUUGUUCGACGCCUGCGUCAAAUCAGCUUGCUGCGUCCUUUGACUGUUGCUCAGACGAAUUUGAUGGCAGAGGAGAUGCGUACCAUUGUCUUUGAACCAAAUCAAGUUGUAUUUCACGAAGGAAUGACGGAGCCAGGCUUUUUUUUGAUCAUAAGUGGACGCAUUGAGUCGACCUCCAAAAUGGACAGUGUGGCACCUUUGAUACUUAAGACGUUUGACUACUUCGGCGAAAUAGCACUUGUUCGGAGGCGAUCGAUCAGCCAACGCUCUGUUCGUGCCAUUGAACGUACGGAAUGCCUUUUUAUCAAGAAGGACGUUUUAGAGCUGGCCGUAGGCAAAUUGUCUUCAAUAUUGGAGAAGGAUAAGUUGCGUCGUGCGCGUAAGACGCGGAUCUUAGAGUCACAGAAGGAGGCAACGAAAAACACAUUCGUUCAGUUUGACAACGAAUCAAAGUCCGAGAUGCCUAAAUCCAUCAACGAUUUGGAAAUUGUCGGAAGUGUCAUAUCAGACUUAACCAACACAAUUCGUCUGGUUGAAAUCAAGGGCUCAUCUCCGCCGGUUUACUUUACUCUCCGCUCGGUCAACAAACAGUCGAUUGUUGAUGCUGGGAUGCAAAAGCACGUUAGUGGCGAGCGUGAUAUUUAUAUUUCUCUUUACGAGAAAAACGCACUGGUGCCGCAGCUAUUGGGAAUGAAUGUAACUGACUCGGAUAUUCACAUGCUAUACGAAACGCAAAUCGUGGGCACUCUUGAAACCUUUUUAGACGGUGGACCGCAUGGCGAAUCAUUCGUACGCUACUACGCCGCGCAAGUUGUCAUGGCGCUCGAGUUCAUGCACUUAGAGGGAAUUCUUUCGCGUAUGCUUGACCCCACAAAUCUAUUGGUGGACCGCAGUGGAAACCUUCGCAUUAUAAACUUAAGACUAUCUAAGUAUGUUGGUCGUGGUCGGACAUACACUGUCUGUGGUACCCCGGAAUACCUUGCUCCGGAGCAGAUUACUGGCGAAGGCCACAAUAUUGCUGCGGAUUACUGGGCACUUGGUGUGCUCAUGUACGAAAUGCUUACGGGUGCAACCCCUUUCACCCGAGAAAAUGAAAACGAUCUGGAGAUACUUAACGACAUAGCGUCCUUCCACCCAGAUCAAUUGUCAUGGCCUCCUCAUGCAAGUGCCGAGUUGAAAGAUAUUGUUGGCAAUUUGAUGAACCCGGAUCCAGCUGGGCGGCUUGGUUACUCGGAUGGCCGUGCAAGUGCUUGCGAGCCGAUAAAGAAUCACGCAUUCUUUGCUGGAACUUCAUGGGAGGCAACCAAGAUGGGCUCGUUUUCGGCCCCGCUCGAGCUGGAUGCUGCAUCGGAAUUCAAGCAGAUUGCGUCGAGUGGAAGCCAUGAAGACCUGAAUCUUGGCAGCAUCUAUAAAGGUGACAUCGACUGGCUCGCUGACUUUUAA